AUGCUGGACAUCAAUCUGUUUAGAGAAGACAAGGGCAACAAUCCCGAAAUCAUCGGCGAUUCUCAACGUCGCCGUUUCAAAGGUGUAGAGAUCGUCAACGAGGUCAUUCAGCUCGACAAAGAAUGGCGUUAUUCUCAAUUGGAGCUUGAUAAUCUUCGGAAAGAUUUCAACAAGAUCAAGAAGCGAGUUUCUCAGCUCAAGAUUGCGGGUGAGGAUGCAACUGAGGUUAUUAAGGACACUGAGGAAAAUAAGAGGUUGGUGGCGGAGAAAGAAGUUGAAGUUCGAGAAGCUUCAAAACAGUUGAAUUCCAAAUUGGAAGUCAUUGGAAACCCUAAUCCAAAAUCUGAUUGCUACAGGAUUCUUUUCUCAGAUAUGCUGGAUGUUCCGUCUUGUUUCCGUAAAGAAGCUGGUUCACACGGUCGGGACACCUCGGGAAUUUUUAGAGUUCAUGAGUUUGAGAAAGUUGAACAGUUUUGUAUUACAAGCCCAAAUGACAACGAGUCUUGGGAAAUGCAUGAGGAAAUUAUCAAAAACUCUGAGGAUUUUUAUAAAUCGUUGUCGUGA